GCGUCCUGGGGCCCUGCUUAACUGUAGCAGCCAUGGACGCGUUGGAGUCGUUGUUGGACGAAGUGGCCCUGGAGGGGCUCGAUGGCUUGUGUCUGCCCGCGCUGUGGAGCCGACUGGAGUCCCGGUCGCCGCCCUUCCCGCUGCCGCUGGAACCCUACACGCAGGAGUUCCUGUGGCGGGCCCUGGCCACGCACCCGGGCAUCAGCUUCUAUGAAGAGCCUCGGGAGCGACCGGACCUGCAGCUCCAGGACCGAUAUGAAGAAAUUGAUUUGGAAACUGGAAUUUUGGAGUCCAGAAGAGAUCCUGUCUCUCUGGAAGAUGUCUAUCCCAUUCAUAUGAUCUUAGAGAAUAAGGAUGGCAUCCAGGGCUCAUGCCGGUACUUUAAGGAGAGGAAAGACAUUACCAAUAACAUCCGGACCAAGUGCUUGCAGCCUCGAUGUACAAUGGUGGAAGCCUUUGCCAGGUGGGGCAAGAAGCUGAUCAUUGUUGCCUCCCAAGACAUGCGCUACAGGGCCUUGAUAGGCUUGGAGGGGGAUCCUGACCUGAAGCUCCCUGACUUUUCCUACUGCAUCUUGGAGCGGUUAGGCCGGUCUAGGUGGCAAGGAGAGCUGCAGCGAGACCUUCACACUACUGCUUUCAAGGUUGAUGCCGGGAAGCUUCAUUACCACAGAAAAAUUCUGAACAAAAACGGGCUGAUUACAAUGCAGUCACAUGUGAUACGAUUACCCACAGGAGCCCAGCAGCACUCCAUCCUCCUCCUCCUGAACCGGUUUCACGUGGACAGGAGGAGCAAAUAUGACAUCCUCAUGGAGAAGCUUUCAAUGAUGCUGAAUAUGCGCAGCAACCACAUUGAGACACUAGGCAAGCUGCGAGAGGAACUGGGCCUGUGUGAGAGGACAUUCAAGCGUCUGUACCAGUAUAUGCUGAACGCCGGUCUUGCCAAGGUGGUGUCCCUCCCCUUGCAUGAGAUUCACCCCGAGUGUGGACCGUGUAAGACCAAGAAAGGGACUGAUGUUAUGGUUCGGUGUCUUAAGUUGCUGAAAGAGUUUAAGCGGAAGAUGGAAGAUGACCAUGAUGAUGAUGACGAUGAGGAGGUCAUCUCCAAGGGGGUGCCUCCUGUGGACAUUGUGUUUGAGCGGGACAUGCUUACACAAACCUAUGAGCUCAUUGAGCGCAGAGGCACGAAAGGAAUCUCCCAAGCUGAGAUCCGAGUGGCUAUGAACGUGGGAAAGCUGGAAGCGAGAAUGCUGUGCCGGCUCCUCCAGAGGUUCAAGGUUGUCAAGGGAUUCAUGGAAGAUGAAGGCCGUCAGCGGACCACCAAGUACAUCUCCUGUGUAUUUGCCGAGGAAAGCGACCUGAGCCGCCAGUAUGCACAGGAAAAGGCCCGGGGAGAGCUGCUGACCACCGUCAGCCUGGCCUCAGUGCAGGAUGAGUCCAUGCCCGAGGGCGAAGAGGCUUUCCUGUCUGACUCAGACAGUGAGGAGGAGAGCAGCCGUAGCAGCAAACGCAAGGGUCGAGGGUCCCGUGGCCACUCUAAGGCCUCAGGGGACUUUGUGUCUGGCGCUCAGCCUCAUCACUCCACCCCAACCAAGGGUGGGUGGAAAGUCCUAAAUCUGCACCCACUGAAGAAGCCGCCAGCUGCUUCACCAGGUAAUGCCGAGGAGAGAGCCUGCCGGAGCUCAGCCAGUAAGGACGGGCUAGACACCAGCAGCUCCUCAGAGCUCAACGCGUCCUUUGACCCCCACUGUGUGGAGAGCCACAGUGGUGACAUUGCUGUGAUCGAAGAGGUCCGGCUUGAGAAUCCCAAGGAGAGCGGUGGUUCCCAGAAGGCUGGGCGGCAUGGCGCUGGCCAGGACAAGCCUCACAAAACAUACCGGCUAUUAAAGCGCAGGAACCUGAUCAUCGAAGCCGUCACCAACCUCCGCCUAAUCGAGAGCCUCUUCACAAUCCAGAAGAUGAUCAUGGACCAGGAGAAGCAAGAGGGUGUGUCUACCAAGUGCUGUAAGAAGUCCAUUAUCCGCUUGGUGCGUAACUUGUCUGAGGAAGGUCUCCUGAGACUCUACCGGACCACAGUCAUCCAAGAUGGCAUCAAGAAGAAGGUGGAUCUGGUGGUUCACCCUUCCAUGGACCAGAAUGACCCUCUCGUGAGAAGCGCCAUUGAGCAAGUUCGCUUCCGGAUCUCCAACUCAAGUACAGCAAACAGGGUUAAAGUUCCCCAGACUCCAGUGCUGCAGGAGGAGGCCGAAGAGGAAAGCCAGGAACCCGAGAGCCUGUGUGUACCAGGAGACUCUGAACUGAACCCUUCCUCUAAGCCAGAUAGCGGACGAGUGAAAAAGACUGAUGAGAAAAUGGGCAUAACCCCACUCAAAAAUUAUAAACCCGUUAUAGUUCCUGGACUUGGGCGUUCCCUCGGGUUCCUUCCCAAAAUGCCCCGCCUGAGGGUGAUGCACACUUUCCUGUGGUAUCUGGUCUAUGGGCACCCAGCUGGCCACACAGGGGAGAAGCUGAACUUUGCCAAUGAGAGAAGAGCAGGCAAACAGGACCCCAGCAGAGCAGGAGCCCAGCCCUCCUCCUGGGAUGCCUCAGAAACCAGAGAACACCCAGAAGGUGUCACCUGGGAGGCUGAAGUGGAGCUGUCCUCAGAGACAGUAUACGUGGAUGAAGCCUCGUGGAUGCGCUACGUCCCUCCCAUCCCUAUCCACAGGGAAUUUGGUUAUGGCUGGGCUCUCGUCAGUGACAUUCUCCUCUGCUUGCCCCUCUCCAUCUUCAUCCAGAUUGUUCAAGUCAGCUACAAGGUGGACAACCUGGAGGAUUUUCUGAAUGACCCUCUGAGGAAGCACACGCUGAUCCGGUUCCUCCCCAGACCCAUCAGGCAGCAGCUCCUAUACAAGAGGCGGUACAUUUUCUCGGUGGUGGAGAACUUGCAGAGGCUGUGCUACAUGGGGCUGCUGCAGUUUGGGCCCACAGAGAAGUUCCAGGAUAAAGACCAGGUCUUCAUUUUCCUGAAGAAGAAUGCAGUCAUCAUUGAUACCACUAUCUGCGACCCGCAUUACAACCUGGCCCACAGCAGCCGGCCCUUUGAGCGACGCCUCUAUGUCCUGGACUCCAUGGUGGAUGUGGAAAGCUACUGGUUUGACCUGCAGUGUGUCUGCCUCAACACUCCACUAGGUGUGGUACGCUGCUCAUGUGUCCAGAAGAUCUGCCCUGAUCAGAGCAGCAGCCAGGAGGGCAGCCUGCAGAAGGAGCAGGAGAAAGCCAUUGACAAGCACAACCUGGAGCGCAAGUGUGCCAUGUUGGAGUACACCACGGGAAGCCGCGAGGUUGUGGAUGAAGGCUUGGUUCCUGGAGAUGGCCUGGGAGCCGCUGGACUCGACUCUAGUUUCUACGCACACUUAAAGCGCAACUGGAUCUGGACCAGCUACAUCAUCAACAAAACCAGAAAGAACCUCUCUGCAGAGAACGGACUCACGGGGAGGCUCCAGACAUUCCUGUCCAAGCGCCCACUGCCGCUUGGUAAUGGAGGUGGUGGCCUGUUGCCCGUCUGGGCAGAGGCAAAAUCGGACACCGAGCCCUCAGCUGACAAGGAGGAGCUGAUCGAGAUGGACCACGAGCCCACAUCCGGCCGGAACCGCAAAGUGCGCGGUGGGAAAAGCCAGAAACGGAAGCGGCUGAAGAAAGAGCCCAUCCGGAAGUUAAAGAGGAGGAGAAAAGGAGAGCUCCAAGAUGCUAAAAGCAAAAGGCUGCGCUAUCACGAUGAGGCUGACCAGAGCGCCCUGCGGAGGAUGACCCGGCUGCGUGUCUCCUGGUCCAUGCAGGAGGAUGGGCUGCUUAUGCUCUGCCGCAUUGCCAGUAACAUCCUCAACACCAAGGUGAAAGGCCCAUUUGUCACCUGGCAAGUUGUGCGUGACAUUUUGCAUGCUACUUUUGAAGAGUCUUUGGAUAAAACAUCUCACUCAGUUGGACGAAGAGCUCGCUAUAUAGUCAAAAAUCCUCAGGCCUUUCUGAACUAUAAGGUCUGCCUGGCUGAGGUCUACCAGGAUAAGGCACUUGUUGGAGAUUUCAUGAACCGCAAGUGUGACUAUGAAGAUCCAAAGGUUUGCGCUAGAGAAUUUAAAGAAUUCGUAGAGAAGCUAAAAGAGAAGUUCAGCUCCGGCCUGAAGAACCCCAACCUUGAGAUCCCCAAUACACUGCAGGAGCUGUUUGCCAGAUACCGAGUUCUGGCAAUUGGAGAUGAAAAGCAUCAAGUAAGGAAAGAGGAUGAAUUUAAUAGUGUGGAGGACAUCCACUUCUUGGUGCUGCACAACCUGAUCCAGAGCACACUGUCCCUCUCCAACAGCCAGAUGAACUCCUACCAGUCCUUCCAGAUCUUCCGCCUGUAUCGGGAGUACCAAGAACCCGUGUUGGUGCGGGCCUUCAUGGAGUGCCAGAAGAGGAGCCUGGUCAAUAGGCGGCGUGUCAAUCACAACAUGGGCCCCAAGAAGAACCGUGCCCUGCCCUUCGUACCCAUGUCCUACCAGCUGUCCCAGUCCUACUACAGGCUUUUCACGUGGCGAUUUCCCACUACCACCUGCACGGAAUCUUUCCAGUUCUACAACAGACUCUGGGCUGCAGGCGUGCUGGACUGGCCCGACCACUUUUCCUUCAAAGACCAAGAUACUAGUGAUCCCCCAAGUGACCUGGUGACAUUUUCUUUGGACAGCCCUGGAGGAUACUGUGUGACCAUCCUGGCCCUCUUCUCCCUGGGCCUUCUCUCUGUGGAUGUCAGAAUCCCAGAGCAGAUUGUGGUGGUGGAUAGCUCCAUGGUGGAGAGUGAGGUCAUGAAGAGUCUGGGGAAGGAUGGAGGCUUGGAUGAAGAGGAGGAGGAAGAAGACCUGGAUGAAGGCUCAGGAGCCAAGCGCCAGGGUGUGGAGGUAAAGGCCCACCAGGCCUCACACACCAAGUACUUACUGAUGAGGGGCUACUACACAUCUGGCAUCAUCAACACACGCAAUCUGCAUCCCAACGACAGCAUUGUGGUGAACUCCUGCCAGAUGCGGUUCCGGCUGCGCAGCACUCCCAAGUCCACUGAGCUCAGGCUUCCCGCCUCACCUCUAGGAGAACUUCAGGUGGGGCCCUCCUGCCUCCCUGACUCUUUCACCAGCCUGGUGGACCCCCAGCUGCACACCUACAGCCCAGAAGAGUUCGCCCACCAGGUGACACUGUCUGGAUACAGCCCGGAAGAUGUGUCUGCUGCCCUGGAGAUCCUGCAGGCUGUGGCUGCUGCUGGCUGCUUUGGGGUUGACAGGGGGGAGCUGAGCAGACAGUUCUCAACCUUGAGGAAGAUAGCGGACGGGUACACCAAGACAUUCCUUGGCUAUGUCCAGGACCUCUUGAGGUGGAAACAGGUGCUGGAAGUCGGGGGCAACACCGUGCGCCUAGUAGCCAUGGCCUCUGCCCAUCCCUGGCUUCUGCACUCAGUGCGGCUCAGGAGCACAGAGGAAGCCUCCCAGGCCAGGGGCUCUGAGGGACCUAGCAGCGAGGACAACCCUUCUGAAGGGCUGGCCGGGGCUUCUCGCAGCCCCCAUAACACCAAGAGGCGUCGCUGUGCCAGUCAAAGCAGCGACAUUGAUGUUGACGGGGUCCCAAGGCUCCCUGCCAAGAGACCCGCACUCCAGGAUAUGUGUAUGGCUACCAGCCCCAGGUCUGGGCCGGAACAGGCACUCAGAGACAUGGGCCUGGGACAGGAGGACCAAGAGGGUAUUGGUCCAGAUCAGCUGAGCUGUGAAUUACAGCUUCCAGAAGAAGGGUCCGAAGACCCCAGAGGGCUUAUGGAAAGCAGUUUGGCCAGUGGCCUGGCCCAGGCGAUGUGGGAGAGGGGUGAGAAAGUGUGCUUCAUUGGCCGCCCAUGGCGCAGCGUGGAUGGGUCCCUGAACAUUCCUGUGUGCAAGGGCAUGAUGGAGGCCAUGAUGUACCACAUCAUGAGCAGGCCCGGCAUCCCCGAGAGCUGCCUGCUGCAGUACUACCAAGGUGUCCUGCAGCCCGUCGCUGUGCUUGAGCUGCUCCAGGGCCUUCAGUUCCUUGGCUGCAUCCGUAAGCGCCUGUUGAGGAAGCCAGCAGCCGUCACACUCUUCUCCAAUCCUUUGUUGGAGACUGCCAAGGCCCAGGAGGUUAGUGAGGCCGAGGCAUCCUCUUGCUCCGAGAGCUACAUGGCCUUCUAUGAACCCACAGUGGACUGCACCAUCCGCCUGGGCCGCAUCUUUCCACACGAUGUCAACUGGAACAAGUGGAUCCACUUAUAAAGACUUAGGUCAUCUCCCAAAAGCACACCCUUGGCUGAUGGACCCCAUUCCCCCCCCCUCCCGCCCUGAGCCCUGGGGCAUUAUCUGUGUUCUGCCAUCCUGAGCAGAGUGUCUACUGUCCACCUGCUUUGACACUUUCUGGACUGCCCCAUUGAACCUGUCCACCCCACCUGGUCAGGUGGGGCAAGGGGUAGAGCAGCUGCCAGGCGACUUUGGUUCGGCUGCUCUUGCUCCCUUGUCUGCGCAGCACAGCCUUUCUGCAGGCCCAUUGUCCUGCUCUGAACCCAGACCCCAGUUGCUGUGGCUACUGCCAUUGGAAGUAGACAUGCCAGUAGGCCCUGAAACAACUGUGGACACCGGCCCCUCUCAAGGCCACCACACAGUUCUGACUUCAGCCACCCUGGCAGAUCCCUGACAGCCCAAGUCCCACCUAGAAGAAGGGCUUUGAAGGGAUGUGUCCCAACCCUGGAGCUGUGAGGGCAUCCCUGCCUGCUAGAAAUGAGGCACUGCAGGUUUUCCUUUUAUUUGUUUUAUUUUGGUCUUUGUGGUUUUGUUUUUCUUCUUUCUCAUUUAGAAAUAAUUCGCCUGGCAUGUAUUUAUUUAUUUUUUAAUUAAAGUAAGUCAAAUGCAUUUAGCCUGGUAUGUUUCCCAGGCAAUUGUUGAUCCCCACGUAACUCUCUGCUUUCAGCCGUGGCUCAGCCAAACAUGGCCACCCCACCCCUACCCCCACCUCUAGGAAAGAGAAAGGAGAAGGUUCUGGGCCCAGCUUUGUGGCUCAUGGAGAGGUGAGUGUGCUGGCUUCAAGGACACAGCCAAACAACCCAUCAUCCAGUCCUAGGUCUAUCCCUUCGUCAUGGGAACACUCUCAGGCCUGCCAGACCUGUGAAGAUACUUGUCCCAUGAAAUUUUGUGGCAUGUGACAUUAAAAUAUCUGGAGUUUUCACA